AUGAUUUAAGUAGGGUCAGUUUGUCAACCCAAUACGAUACCAGAUGAGAGAGAAACUUAGAGAGAGAAAGAAACCUAGGAGGAAAAAGAAACCUAAGAGGCCAAAGAACUCGGCGCCGCCUACUACUUGUAUCCAUAACCAUGAUUCUCCUCCUCUUGAGCUCUUUGCCUUGCCAUUCAAGGACCUAAUCUGUCAUUGUUCUUCAUAAAUUCAGCCCAAUCUCACCCCUUUUAGAUCAUUUCAACCGUUUUCUCCACCCAUCUCAUAUGGGUUUUCUUCUUGUUUUUUAACUGAAAUCCCCAAGUUUGAGGAUCUUGAUUAUUGUGGAUUAAUUGUUGCCGAAAUCAUAUCAAGUUUUGGAUCGGCUAAUCCAAAAAUCGCCAAGAUUUCAAUUGACCUCUGGUUUGAGCAAGAUAUCCGAAAAAAUGAAGAUGUUGUUGGCGAACGAGGAGGGAGCUUAAAUGCUAAGAAUGCUUUCAUCAGUUGUGAAGACGAUGUUCCUAUAAGAUAUCAAAAUCCUUUUCUUGGUUUGGGUUCUCCUUUUGAUAUCGUCUUCGGCAAAAGUGGAUGCUAUAAAGUCCAGAUCUUGUGUCUCUUCCUUAUUGCAAUUUCCAGGUAAGUUUUCUUUUUCCCCUUUUAAAGAAGGUGAGAGUAUUUUUUCUUAUGUUCUUACUCUUACGGAAUAUCGUUAUUGAUUUCAAUCAUGUUCUGAGUAAGAUUUGUGUUAUUACAAAUUGGUUUGCCCCAGCUGCGUUUUAUGUUUUUCAUGACAUGUAUUGGUUUAUCUGGUUUUUGUACGCUCAUGUCACUAGCUCCUCCCCUGAUUGUAGAGGGUUACAAUGGAUUUAUAGUCCUUUAUUUCUUGUGACUAGCCUAUUAGUAUAUGUUAUCAGGUUACACUUUGGUUUAUGCGAUUUCAUUGUUAUAUUGUAUUUUUUUCACAACUUAUACCAUGUUAUACAAGUUCAAUUGUUUAGUUGGGUUUAAUGGGUUAGGUAGCUUUACUACUUGUUUUACAAGGAUGCCCAAGACCCUUUCUUGCCGUGUUUUAGUUUCAAUUUGUGUUGAUUUUUUGGAUUAUUGGGAGGUCCAUUUCUAUGUUGGUUUUAUGAAUUGUAGGGAAAUUGACUCAAGAUUGUUUAAGAGUGAUAUAGAAUGUGUGUUUGGAUUCAUCUCUCUUAGAAUUUUAUCCUCUAUCACUAUAUGUAUGUGUAUGAUCUGUUUUGACCAUAGUUACUCAUGCCUGCACCACUAUGUCUUUUGCUUACUUUGGAGAAUUAUCCUUGUUCUCCCAUUUAGGUUGAUCUUACUGUGCAAUAUGACUCAUGAGUUUCAAGCUCAAUACUGUUCUUUUCCCUUUGAAUUUUAUAAUGAUAGUAAAUUGGGCGGUUGGGAUUGUGUUUUAAGGUGGUUGUUACUGGGUACCCAAUGCUUAGCUAUGCAUAUCACUUGUACCAGCUCCAAUUUCAUGAUCUCCCCCAAGGCAUUCAUAUUAGAUGUCUAUGGUCUUAUAUUGACCCCUCAUACUCUUUUUAUUAGUUUUAACUGUUGUUGGUGUCGUAUUCCUUUUCUAUUUGGAAUACAUAAUGAUCAUAAAUUUGGUUCUUGGGGUUCUAACCCAAGGUUGUUAUCUGCUAUUGUAGUUUGCUGGACUAUUAAUCUCACAUGCACUUACUACAAUACCAUGAUAUCCUCGUUAGCUCAUUACUUGUUUUUUGUGGGACAAGGUCAUAUUUGGGUUUUGAUAACCUCUCUAAUUUCUUAUUGGAACCGGAUCUCAAUAUCUGCUUUUAAAGGUUAUUGUAAUUGCAACUUUCCUACCAAACAACACUUUAUUGAUCACAAGGAGUUGCAGAUGCGAACAAUUACGACGUUUUAUAAUUUUGGAUGUAAUUCGUUUUUCAAUCUUUGUUGGUUAUGUAACUAUGAACUAGACUGGACUUUUUUUCGAUACAAGAUUUUUAUUUUAUUACGGAACCAGAUCUUGGAAUCUGCUUGUGAAUUGUCUAAGGACUUUUGUCCUUCUUGGAAUCGGAUUUCAAUAUCCGCAUAUGAAUUGCUUAAGGAUUUCAAUCCUUAUUGGAACCGGAUUUAUAAAUCCGCACUGUUUUUUUGCUAACUAGGACUUUUAUUUGCUCUGUUACUUUCCUUUCUGGUUUUAUAAUACGAACUGUGUGUUUUUACGACACGGGAUUUUUAAUUUGUGCCGAAAAUGGAAUUUUAAUUCCGCCCUUGAAUUGUUUAAGGACUUUUGUCCUUCUCCGAACCGGAUUUCAAUAUCCCGCUUAUGAAUUACCCGAGGAUUUCAAUCCUUAUCGUAACCGGGUUUAUAAAUUCACCUUGUUAAGUUUGUCUAGUCUUUUCACGGACAACAUGCAUAACAUCUUAGAAGCAAAUCAGAUCAAUAGACAUGCUUGCACAUUCCUAAUAUUCACACUUUUUAAAUGAAAGUCUGUUCAUGGAAUAUUCAUGGUGGUAAACGUGACCAAGCUAUAGCUGAACUUGUAAUGCUAAAACAUCAUUUCAAACCAGAUAUUCUAUUCAAUAUCUGAACUUAUAACCUAAGGCAUCUUUUCAAUAUCGGACCACGCUCCGGUUUUCUUCGACACCAAAACUCCCUCAAUUCAUCAAAAUCCUCUUUAUAGAUUUCAAAAUCUUUUGACGCUUGAUAACGAUUCUCGUGCAAUCGUUAAGAAACUUUGGAAUACUAGAAGACCAGGUUUUCGCUUCUUUAGAAUUAGAGAAAAGCUUUCCACUAUUAAGGAAAAACUUCGUGAAUGGGCUAGAAGCAAAUAUGGCAACAACAAUUUUAAACUACGGAGUAAUAUGGAAAAAAUCCACGAACUCCAAACAAAACUUCUCGAUCAACCCUAUAAUCCAUUUCGAUGACAUUUGCUUCGUAUGGUAAAGCAAAGAGAAAAAUUACUUCUUUUUGGACAAAAUAGCUGGAAGAAAUUUUAUAAAAAAGAAUGGCUUAUGCAAGGAGAUAGAAACACCCAUUUUUUUCAUCAAAAAGUCAAAAAUCAAUGUGUAAGAAACACCAUCUAUAGGCUUCAAAAUGACAUAGGUCAAUGGGACACUGACCCAUUAUCAGUGUCUAACUCUUUACUUGAUGCCUUUAAAACUCGCUUCACUUCUUCCACACCCCCAGAGAGGAAUAUUGAUUUUUCUUUCCUCCCAACCUUUGUGUCUCAACAAGAUGAGGAUACUAUUCUUCUUCCUUUCACUGAUGAAGAAAUUAAAGAUGCUUUCUUUGAUAUGAACCCACUCAAAUCCCUUGGCUCAGACGGGUUUGGCCCUAAAUUUUUCCAAGCCUAUUGGCAUAUAGUUGGUCAAGAAAUGACCACAUCAAUUAACAGUUUCUUCUAUCACGGGAAACUUCAACAUGCUCUUAAUCACACAAUCAUAGCUUUAAUACCAAAAAAUGAUAAUCUGGAAAACCCAAACCAUUUCAGGCCAAAUAAGUCUUUGCAAUACUCUUUACAAGGCAAUAUCGAAACUCCUGGUUAAUAGACUACGUCCUAUUCUCCAAGAGCAUUAUCCCUUUCCAAAAUGCUUUCACUCCCGAACGCUCCAUCCACGAUAAUCUACUAAUAGUCCAAGAAGUUCUCAACACCUUUCAAAAAUCUAAAUCUAAAAUUGGAUGGUGUGCUCUCAAAUUAGACAUGGAAAAAGCAUAUGAUAGGAUAUAAUGGGAUUUUCUUUGGGCCACCCUAUCUGCCUUUGGUUUUCCCGACCAAUGGAUCCAAUGGGUCAAAGCAUGUGUUACUACAGUCUCCUACUCGCUCAAAAUAAAUGGUUCAACUACAGAACAUUUCACCCCUUCUAGAGGUAUUCGUCAAGGGGACCCUUUAUCUCCUUACCUCUUCCUUUUGUGUAUCGAAGUAUUUAUAAUUAUGCUAACUAUAAAUAGUACAAACCCAAGAAAAGGCAUAGCAUUCGCUUAGCCCCCGAAAAGUUCCAUGUCUACUUUUUGCAGAUGACAGCUUAGUUAUCGUCAAAGCUACUUCCUCUGCCUGUAACAUGCUAAAAACAAUUAUCAACGAAUUUUACACUCUCUCUGGACAAUGAGUCAAUUUCCAUAAGUCUGCAAUUGUUUUCUCCAAACAGAUUCAAAAUCAUUGACGAGACAAUAUAGCAAGUACCUUUGUUAUGACAAAAUCUAUGUCUCUAGGUAGAUAUCGGGGUGCCUAUUUCUCAUCUUAUAAACCCACAAAAGCUGAUUACAACAAUAUAAUGCUUAAGAAUGAAACCAGAAUUAAUUCAUGGCAUGAACAUUACCUCUCCAAGGCGGGAAGGGCUAUCCUCAUCCAAAGUAAUCUAGAAGCUUUACCAGCAUAUGUUUGUUCUUCCUUUCUUCUUCCACAAAAAACCUUGUUGACCCUGAUUUUGGUUGAUGACAAAUAGCAAACUUCCUGAUUAAAGUUUCUGUUGUGUCUACAAGUAAAGUGUUCCUGUUCCAGAGAGGAACUUGAGAUGGCUGCUGAUGUUCCUGAGGUGGAAUGCGCAAAGCUAAGAACUAUAAACUUACACACAUCAGAGUAACAACAAAUGCACAGAAGGGUGAAGUUUCCAUAUGAUGAGUGUCUUUGUCCCUUUGGAGGAACUCACCUGUUCCAGAGUAGGAACCAUUGCAGGUGCUGAGUGGUAGCUCCAGUAAAAACACGAAGCUAGGUAGUUAAAUACUCUUAGAUUUUGUGUAAAAUAAUAAUAGCUAUAAGAUAAGUUAUGGAACUAUAGGAUAUUUAAUUAAAUAUUUAUUAAGAUUUUAUCAAAAUAUUUAGUAGCAAGUUUUAAGGAAAAUUACAUAAAUAAAAUUUGCUUUAAUAAAAUCUGUUUUUAUCUUUCUAGUCAAAACAGUUUUACUUUCCCUAAAACUUCUCCUAAAAUCUGAUUUAUUUUGUUAAGUAUUUUUCGCAAAUCUUUUAGUGGUUGACAAAGUCUAAACCACGAUUUUCUCUUGGAAAGUUUUCAGGGAAGUGGUCUUCCCUUGAUCCACAAGUUAUGGAUCUUGGAGACCAAGUAGUGUAGUUGUGUGAACAGUUGAGAUUUGAAGGGAACUAACCCUAAGGAUUAUCUCUAUAAAAAGGGUCGUCUGUUUUCUGAGAAAAACACACAAAUAUUCUACUAGCUUUCUUAUCUAUCAAACGCUUUCAAAAGAGUUUAUAAAAUUGAUUUGUGUCCUAGCAAAAUUCGAGUUCCUAAGUUCCAUAAAUAUCUAAAAAGCUUUAUUAUUAUCUAGAGCCUUGAAAACAAAUUGUAAACUGAGUGAGAGUAGAUUGAGUAAUCUUGUAAAGACUUUGAGUUAAAGUCGAGAAAAGAGAGAAACAAAAGAGAGGGUAGUCAGAGUUGAUUACUGUGAGAAACUUGAGUUAGAGAGGAACUCAAGUUGUUAUAUUAUUGUAAUUGAGGAAUUAUCUUAAUAUAAAAGAGUUUUGAGGUUUUCUCUUCUUGAUUAGUGUCAAGAAGUUUCCUCAAAUUGAGUAACUUUUGUUUCUGUGUUUUUCAGUUCCUUUAAUUGCUUUAAAGUUAAAAGAAACUCACUAAAGUUCCAAACACAAUUUACCCCCCCUCUUGUGCGUGUUCCUAUUAAACUAUCAAUUGGUAUCAGAGCCAGUACUCAAUAAAAACACAGGAACCCCUGUUUGAGUCUAGUUCCUGAUAGUAUGAAUACACAAGAGAAACUGGAAGAAGGCUACUCCACGCAAAGGCCACCUAUGUUCAAUGGCAAAUUCUACUCAUACUGGAAGAACAGAAUGGAGAUAUUCAUCAAAGCGGAAAAUUACCAAGUUUGGCGUGUGAUUGAAGUUGGAGACUUCGAGGUAACAAAGACCAAUGCAGAAAACGAGAUAGUUCCUAAACCAAUGUCUGAAUUCUCUAAAGAAGAUUUUGAUAAAUAUGAGAUGAAUGCUAUGGCAGUUAAAAUCUUGCAUUGUGGACUUGGACCCCAUGAACACAGUAGGGUCAUGGGGUGCAAGAACGCAAAACAAAUUUGGGAAUUACUACAAGUAACCCACGAAGGAACUAACGAAGUUAAACGUUCCAAAAUUGAUCUGUUAAUGUCUAAAUAUGAGAGAUUUGAAAUGCUUCCAAAAGAAACUAUUCAAGAGAUGUUUACUCGAUUUACUAACAUAACAAAUGAAUUAGUUUCCCUUGGUAGAAUCAUUCCCACGGAUGAACAAGUAAGAAAAAUACUAAGGAGCAUGCCUCAAGAUGAUCGUUGGAGAACAAAGGUCACAGCACUGUUUGAGACCAAGGAUUUUACAAAAUUCAACAUUGAACAACUUGCUGGUUCCUUGAUGACUCAUGAACUGCACCUUGGAGCUGCUGUCCCUGAGAGCUCCAGAAACCGAGGGCUUGCUCUAAAAGCUGAGGAACUCGAUGAUUCUGAACCAGAUGAAGAAGAGGCUGCUAUGCUUGUCAGAAGAAUGAGAAAGCUCUACAGGAACUUCAAACCUGGCAACCAGAAAGGAAGGAACUUUGCAAGGAAAACUGUCAGUUCCAAAACUGAGCAAGGUUGCUUCAAAUGUGGAGAAACUGAUCACCAAAUUCGUGAGUGCCCUCAGUGGAAAAACGACAAAAGAAAAGGAACAGGUCAAGGAAUGCUACAAUAAAUCCACCUUCAACAAGAUUAACUUUAAAAAGGCUAUGAUAGCUGCAUGGGGCGAAGAAACUGAUUCAGAAGAUGAUGAGGAACAACCAAAUGAAGAAACUGAAAAUCUUUGCCUUAUGGCAAGAACAGAUGGAACUGAACCAGUUCCAUCAGAAGAAGUAAGUUCCUCCACUCUUCAGUGUCUCUCAAAGUCAAAACUAAUUGAACUAUUGCUAGAAACUCUAGAUGAUUACAAAAAUCUAAGUAUGUUAAAAGCACAAAGUGAUAGAGCCUUGGAACUCAGUAAAGAUCACAUAAAUUAUCUGAACAACAUUAGAUCUGAUGUUCAAGGCAGGUUCUUUGAAUUGCUAGAUAGAAAUACCUCUAUUAAUGAGUCUUUUGAGAAAAUUAGAAAUGAGAACAUACUUCUACAAGUGCAACUCAGUCAAUAUAAGAUGUUUAACCUAAGUUUAGAUCCUACAAAAUCCUUGGAGAUUAACAUGGGAGUUUUUAACAUCGACUUAGAAAGAUUGAACAAAGAUCUGAUCACCACAAAGGAACAGAAAGAGAAACUAGAGAGGGAACUGGCCAUGGCUAGGGCACAGAAACAACCACCUAAAGUUCCCCCCAAGUGGAUUGAGAAUGCUUAAUCCAAGAGAACAGAAGGUUUAGGUUACAAUCACAAAACCAGUCAUAAGAAAAAGUAUGUGGAACUCCCAAGUGUAAAAUUCUGUUUUUCAUGUGGGAGUGGAAAUCAUGUAAGCACUGAAUGCUCUAAAAUGAAGGAACUAGAUCAAAAAAACAUAGAUUAUGUAAAGAAAAAGUGGGUUAAGAAGUCAGAUAUUGUAGUUGAAAAGGAACUCGAGGAAACCCGAGUUCCUGUAACUAACCUUUGAUUUCUUUACAGGUUCUAGUGAAGAGGAACAGCUCGUGGUAUCUCGACAGCGGGUGUUCCAAACAGAUGACAGGAGACAAAUCUAAAUUCCUCUCACUAGAAGCCUACAAUGGAGGAACUGUGACCUUUGGAGACAACAUGAAAGGAGAAAUUGUUGGAAUUGGAAAAGUUGGAAGAAGUUCAUUCCCCGCGCUCAACUCCAACUCUCCAAGCAUUGUGGAACCUUUUCGCCGUCGAACCCUUACUCGGCCCUGCUUCGCCGUCGAACUCAGCCCUUCCUCGGCCCUGCGUCGCUGUCCUCGCCGGUGGGUGUGUGGUCUUGCCUCAUCUCCCCCGUCGCGUCGAUGUCCUCGCCGGUGGCUGAACCAUGACUUUUCAGUCGCUGAAAACUCUCCUCUCCUCGGUGUCCUCCCCCGUCGUGGGAGUCUGGUGCUUGCUCGGCCGUCACUCUCCUCGCCAUAACAAAUUUCAUGCCUGCCUGACAUUGAAUAUUUAACCUUUCAAAAGCGCAAUGCAAUAUCAUCUACAAGAGGGAAGUCAAAGACUAUUUCUCCGCCACAACCUAUAGGAGUUGUUGUUGUUGUGUCUACCUUGAAACGUGGUAGGCUGCUUCUCAAGUUCAUGGAGGUCAAUUUUCUGCCAGGUUCGUUGAUGGAUCUAUCAGACUCUUUGACAUCAGAUUACCUGAAAUUGUCUCUGAAGCCAGAAGUUUUUGAAGGGAUGCAUGUAAAGCCCUAGCUUUACUCUCACCUGCAAAUGCAAUACACACAGCAGAAGACACCCAAAUAACAAGGCCAAACAACAGAACUGGAACAAGGAUAAAUAGAAGAAGGGAAGAUCAAUAAGGGUUUUUUCUACUAGUGAGCGAUCGAGUUGGUUUAGAUGUUAUAGAAUAAUAUUUUAUAUUCAAAUGUAUGCGUACGUUGAAAUUGAAACAUAUAAUUAAAUGUAGUACGUGCACUUUGGAUAUGUAUACAAAACACCAAUUAUUGUUUUUA